GUGGAGAGGCCUUCCUGAAGGAGUGCACUAGUGCCCUCUACCGGACUCGUCACAGUUUGCACAGCUGGUACUCGGGCCUGCUCAUCACAAACGUAACCAUAGCGACGACAGGACGCCCGAUUGAUCAACGAGGACGAGUGACAGUCGAAAACGUCGUCAAGCAUGUAUCAUCCCUCUUAAGGUUGGUUUCUGACGACAACUCAGGAAAUGUCUUCGUGACGUUAAGGGCCACGCAAGACUGACAGGAACCACGUGACUUACUGAGGGGCGUUGUGCAGGUAAACAGUGUUACCUGUAGAAUAAACAUCCCGUCGUCUGAACCAAGGUUAAACAACCUCUCCUGAGUUACACUUCAGACGACUCUAAAAGUGUUCUUCAAACAGGAAUCUGUUUGUCUGUCUGUCUGUCUGUCUGUCUGUGGAGAUGCAACCCUGACCAAAAAGUCAUCAUAAAAACAUCGCCUCACGAUCGUCAGAUUCGUCUAUCCAACAUUAGGACGGCUGUUUGAGAGAGAACUCUGGCCUUCUAGGGACAAGGUAGCUGGCGAAAGAUUACCACUCAAGAGCUGAAUUCAGGUCAAAAGGGACUGAACUUUCCACAUAGAGCACUUCAGAGCACUUUUACUGCAGUAGAUCUUACAGGUACUUGGAUGGCACUAGAGACCAGCACUGGUACUCAGAACAACGUUUGAGGAUUUCUACCGAGACCACAGGCUACAAAAGGAGCUCACUGCCGCGUAUUAACUCCACGGCGCCACCAUCUCAUUCAUACCCUGGCGACCUGAUUUCAAGGACCGGAUUGUGUACUCUCUCCCCGCACAAAUUAGUAUUCGGGGAUUAAGUUUUCAAGGCUCAGCCAGUGUGUGAUUUGUCGACGCGUCUGAGUGGGUACUACUACGUCAGAGAUGGCUUCAGUCAGCCAGCUGACAGAGGAGAGUUUGGACCGCUUCAACGCGAUGGAGGGAACGGCGGGGUCUCCCGCUCUCCGAAAGAUGUCGACCCGGGCGUCGUCUAUGGGCUCACAGGAAAGCAGCAUGACCGCGGGGACGGGCCGGACCUUCCAACGGAGAGACCUUCGGGGAGGAAGCAAGUUCAGCCCGCUGAAGAGAUUCUCCAUGGUCGCUAUGAGCACCAUAAUGUCCCGGAGAAUGAGCUUCGCCGGCACGUCGCAGUCGAGCAGAGGGAAGCGAGCGAAAACCAAGCAGGAGAACACGUACAAAAUGACUCCAGAUGAAGGGAAGAAGUUCUCGCCCACAAAAGUGGAAGGUGUUAUGAACAUGGUGUUACAACAGUACCUGGAGAACGAGAAAUACGACCCGAACACUAGCGCGAACCUGACUACCAUCCUAGCAGAUGUGAUUAAGAACAGAGUGAAGGAACUCAACUUCCCUCGCUACAAGAUCGUCAGCCAUGUCUGUAUCGGACAGACGGACAACAACACCGUGGAACUGGGCAGUCGCUGUUUGUGGGAUCAGUCGAACGACAACUAUGCUACUGUGACCUACAGGAAUGAAUCGUUGUUCGCAGUGGCUACUGCGUACGGGGUGUAUUUUGAAUGAAAUUCUUGAAGGAUUCAAGAAGGAUUCUCGUUGCAACCAUCCAGCAAGUAAUGCACGAACUUCUAGUAUGCAUUCAAUGUGGAUAUGAACCUUCUCAUUUUCAACAAUGUCAAAUGGCAUUCUUGAAGACAUCUUCUGAGGAACUUCGCGGUAACGUAGGAUCUAAUUCUAUAACUCAUACAUUUACAAUGCAUUCGUAAGAUAGAAUAAUUUAAGAUGAAGAAUUUUCUGCCCGAUGUCUGAAUAUCUUACAUCAUUACUUUGCAUGCAGUUCCAAACAAUUACAAACUUUUUGUACAUAUCACUUUUGAACAUAUUGUAACACCUUUUGAUGUACAGUAAUUUUUAGGAUGGAACCAUAUCAUUUUAUUAUUAAAGGUAAUUAAUUAAAGGGUGCCAAACAUUAGGGACUGACAAGUAAAGUGAUAUAUAUAGAGAAGGGCUGGGCAAAUAUUCACGUGUAUUAUUUAGGUCAACAAUAAGUGCAUAGUUAUGUAUUUUACGUAUUUUCUUUCAUCAGCACUGUGUAGUUUCUACGCAAUUUUCCCUCUGUAAAUGUCUUAUUAUGUCAGCCCCCCUCCCCCACGAUCUAUACAACUCGUCCCUAUGUUGUUUUACAGCCUUCCUGAUAAUGCGAUUUGAUACAUCAUGUUGUUAGCAUAUGCGUUAUGUAUGUAUAGAAAUGUAAUAGUAUGUGAAUGCAAUACUAGUGCUAUGUAUUUAGCAUCUAACACCAAUGGUUCAUCCUUUAACAUACUCAUCAGGAUUUGUGUAUAAUCAUCACCAUACAAAACGUAAUCAUUCAGACAACUCUUUGAAGUUUUUCUUCCGCUGAUCUACUUAAAACCCACAUCACCUUAAGGAUAUCUUGGUCUUCCCGAAGGAUUCUAAGGAUUACUUUCCUAGUUAUUGUUGUAGGAUUUUCUCUAUUUGUAAAGAAUGAGUAGAGGAUUGUACUGAAAAUAUAUUCACUAACAAAACAUCUCUGUGUUUACUUCAAAGGGUAUUUACCUCUUUUCCCAGAGGUUUGAAACAUAUGAUAUGUCACAAUUGGAGGCGUCCGGAAAGAAGACAAGAAGAUGAUAAUACAUUUCACUGACAGCUGGGGUGGUGAUCAAUUAUGCAUUCUUUGAGAAUAACUAUUGUGUUUUGUUGCCAUGGCAACGAUCCUUAGGGCACAAGUGUCCAGGGUAUAUGAAAGAAAGCUUUUAGUCAUCUUGAAAGAAGUGAUGAAUCACUUUCCGUUCCUUUAAAUCCAGAUCGUUGACAGAUAAAUUUAGAUCCAUAUGUUUGGGUGGCGUAUUGCAAGAAUCCUUGCUUACUAUGUCGUGCGUUUUGGUGUCUUAUAAUUUGAAAUGUUUACCUACGUAGCUCACCCUUUGGGUAGGAAGAAAGCCAUUACAAUAGCAUAGCUACGUUCAAUAUAAACAUUUGCCACUCAGUUGCAUCGCUAUACAUAUGUGCCCACGGCCAUCAACGUAUUUAUCAAACC